AUUAGUGUUGAAGAUACCCUUAGAAAAACAAUAAUGUCUGAGAUGCAGGAACGAAUGGAGCAGGAGGGGAGGAGAAGCGUCAGCAUAAAGAGGGCUUUAGAGAGGAUUGAGCUGAAUACCAAGGGUUCGAAUGAAUGGAAGGACGAAAUACAGGGAAUAACUGAGGAUCAAUCUCCACCAGUUGCUUCUGGUUCGCAAACGUCGUCGUGGAAUUUGGAAACCUCUACCGAUGCGUUUCCUACUCGAGGCAGAUCUGCCUUCCGACCGACCACUUUAUUCGAUUUCGACACCGGCAGGACGUUUCCUAACACUCACUUUCCCCGGGAUUCUCUCUCGCCAUACAGAACCGACCAGGAGAUAUCAUACGGUCCUAAGUGUGUGCUGUGCAAGGAAGGUUGCUCUCAUAGCCAAUGCAUGACAGAGACUAUCCGUAAUCAGCGUGAGGAGCAUUACCGGGAAGGAGGGGUUGGCCAUGGAGAUCCAUGCUCUGAUUGUUAUGACGGACAUCCGCACGAUUUCUGUAUGUAACUAUAUGGGGCUCAGCCUGUAUCCGUGAGGGAAAUGUACGAAGAGCUCACCAUUCAACAGCGGUCGUAGAUCUCGAUGACCUCUUGUCUCGUUUUCGAGUACAUAUUAUAAUAGUCUUACCGCACCAUUAUUCAAGCACGCUGCACUCUUAAGGGCACGUGCAAUCGG